UGGGGAGGAGGUGUGUGCUGCUUCAUCAUAUCAAGAAGCAAAGAAUGUCUGUUGCCACUGAAAUUAUCCGUGGAUUCAGAGACAUAAGCCUAAUUCCUCUAUCAACCUUUUGAGCCACAGCUUCGGCAUCCACAGAUGAUCAUUACCCAGAUGCAUACUUUCAUUAGAGGUAUCUUCUAACAUCUUCAUGCAUGUAUAAGGCAAAAGAUGCCAGUGAUCAAUAUUGAGGACCUGACGGAAAAGGACAAAUUGAAGAUGGAAGUCGACCAGCUCAAGAAAGAAGUAACACUGGAAAGAAUGCUGGUCUCCAAAUGUUGUGAAGAAGUAAGGGAUUAUGUUGAAGAAAGAUCUGGCGAAGAUCCACUAGUAAAGGGUAUCCCAGAGGACAAAAAUCCCUUCAAGGAGCUCAAAGGAGGCUGUGUGAUUUCAUAAGAAAAAAAAAAAAAAAAUCCUUGGAAUAUCUUGAGCUUUAAUGACAGUACUAGUUUUUGGUCAUAUAUAAGAAUUCUAUUAAGCAUGUACGUAAAGCUUUAA